GGAACAUCAUUACAAGACGAAGAAGGAGGAAAGCUGUCAGGAAAGGUAGUGGCGUCUGUCAGUCAAAGUUCACAAAGACUUUCUUUGCUUAGUGAUUUGUCGACGGAGAAGCGAACCUGCACAGCAUGAGCGACAAAAAAGAAGUCCAGUUUGAUCCAAAAGAGCACCAGCAUCUGCGCUAUAAUCCCCUGCGAGAUACCUGGGUCCUGGUGUCUGCUCACCGCAUGAAGAGACCCUGGGCUGGUCAGGUAGAAAAGCCUACUGAGGAACAUGUACCCAGAUUUGACAGCAACAACCCACUUUGUCCCAAGAACACACGAGCAAGUGGAGAGGUAAAUGAAGACUAUCACAGUACUUUCAUAUUUGAUAAUGACUUCCCUGCUCUUCAGCCAGAUGCUCCAGAUCCUGGUGUGGAUGAAGAUCCAUUGUUCCAGUGUAAAGCUGCCAGGGGUGUCUGUAAGGUCAUGUGUUUCCAUCCCUGGUCUGACAUUACCCUCCAACUCAUGAAACAACAGGAGGUCGUGAAAGUGAUUGACAAGUGGGCAGGGCUUGUUGAAGAACUGGGCAAACUCUACCCCUGGGUUCAGAUCUUUGAGAAUAAAGGAGCCAUGAUGGGUUGUUCAAAUCCACAUCCUCACUGUCAGGUCUGGGCCAGCAACUUCCUGCCAAAUGAGCCAGCUCUUUCAGAUCGCUGUCAAAGGGCUUACUAUGAGAAACAUGGACGGCCACUGCUGAUGCAAUAUGCGAUACAAGAGGCUGAGAAAAAGGAGCGGCUGGUGGUGGAGAAUUCUGAUUGGCUGGCAGUAGUGCCAUAUUGGGCAACAUGGCCUUACCAGAUGCUGUUGUUACCACGACGACAUGUCCUGAGAAUCAAUGAACUGACAAGAGAUGAGAGAGAAAGUCUGGCUGACAUUAUGAAGAGACUGUUGACCAAGUACGACAAUUUGUUUGAAAUUUCUUUUCCCUACUCCAUGGGCUGGCACGGCGCACCCACUGGCUCCCAUUUGAAGGAGGACAACACUCACUGGCAGCUACAUGCUCACUAUUACCCCCCUCUGCUGCGGUCUGCAACAGUUAAGAAGUUUAUGGUGGGUUAUGAGAUGCUCGCCCAGGAGCAAAGGGACCUAACACCUGAACAGGCUGCUGAGAAGCUAAGGAACCUACCUGAAGAACACUAUAAAACCAGAGAGAACAGGGAAAGGGGAAAAUGAAAGGAGAAAGUGUGUGGGGAGGGGAAUAAAGUGAAUUGAUCUUGUCUAAUGAAAAAUGAUGGCUUUAUUUGAACUAUAGUAUACUAGAUUGUUUGUUGUCUUCUUUCUUUUUUAUAUAUUUGUCAUGAUUUGUUCCUUUGUUCUUUAAGUCAUGUUUAGUCUGUAAUCUUGCGUAUUGUACCUUUUCAUAAUUGUAACACCAAGACUUUGAUUAUAAAUAAGAAUGGACGAAAAAAACAGUGCGCUUUCAGUUGCAGUCUUUUAAAAACUGUGAGUGAGCUUACCCUGUGAGUGUCUGACCAAUCAGAGAUGUUCAGUACUGCAGGGGCUGCAUGACCUACAGGUCUUUUUCUAGGGGUAUAUCUUUUACCCCAGAACUACUUGUGUCCUAAUGAAAAGGAUAUUUGCUCAGUGAAGCUUUGAGUGAGAGACCUGCAAUCAGUAAUAAUGUACAGCCUGUUUCAUCUGUUUGGCACUAGAAAAAUCUAUUGUGCCUUUUGCCUUUUGUCUUUUCAGUUUGAUCACUGCGACCUCUCACUCCAAUCACCAUUCCAGUUCAAGUCCACUCCUCAAAUGCUGCAUUCUUCCAUCACCACUACUGGUGUCUAGACUCCAUCAGGGGGUAUUCUGCUGUUAGCCUAGCUACCUUUUAAUGAAGACACCUGAUGAUGGAGUGUAAUCGCUAAAGACAUUGCGAAUUUGUUCUUUUUCAAAACUUGUAAAUGAAACAAUUAUCCAUUCAUAAUUAUCUCCUGAUUGAAAUACAAGUUGGCAGAGAAGAAUGCCUGCCAAGAGGCCCACAUCCAUGUAAUGAGAUUGGUUUUGACAUUGGUUGCCUUGCAUUAGUCAGAAAAUAUUCACACCAACCUACUUCUCCGUAGGAGGAUAUUGAAAUUCACCUUUUUCUUAAAGCCUACAUCCACACUCAACUUUUAAGUCAAAGCUUUUUUAUAUAGCACAUUUUAAAACAGCCACAGUUGCCCAGAUGUCUACAAGCUUUAAACACAUUAUACAUUAAAAUAAACAUGACUAAAUAUGAAAAUAAGAAUGUUACACAAUAAAAACAUGAUAAAUGAGGGAUUAAUAUAGCUGCAUAAUAAAUAUGUCUGGAUGUCAAGCUCAGCGUGUUCCCUCUGGAGCAUGCAGGUGCUACAACCCAGCUAAACUGCGAAGAACAAUUAAUACAAUCUCUUUUUUUAAUUCUUUAUUUUAGAAUUUGGACAGCAACAAAAUCACAGAGCAUUGUCACAGAAAAACAAUUAAGUCUCCUUUGCAGUCCUCAGUUUUUUAAAUGUGGGAGAGAUAAAGUGUGCACUCAAAAUGAAUUAAAAAAAUGGCGAAUAAGUUAAAUAAAAGAUUAAGCUAAAUUAUAUUAGGUAUAUUAAGACAAGACAACAUCACAAGAACACCUCCACAAAAUAUGUUAAAGGUUUAACAGCCCAAUUCAACCAGAGUUUAACAAAAACUUCCUUCUGUAGACGCAGAAAAAAAGUGAUUCUUUACAUAACAUACAUACUGUAUCAUUUACAAUAUUAAUCCAGCUUUGUAUUGUGGGAGGUUCAGGAAGUAACCAGGGCGCGAUCACACUAGCCAUCCAUAUCGUGCCGUACUCAAGCAUGAUUGGCCCCCCCUUUCCCCAGCGGGGGGGCUGGCGAUCACAAUGCUCAAAGACAAUCCGGACCAAAGCACGGUUACCUCUUGUACAUAACGUCGUAAUACAGCACAUGCGUGGCUUUAUGUUAUUAUGACGAGUGCUCAUUUACAAACAGGCAGACUUGAGACAAAAAAGAAAAAGAGACGCGCAGUCGAGUCCGCUUUUGCGCAUCAUAGAACAACACAUAGAUCAUGAGAUCUAUUUUACUGAUUUUGUGGCUUAUUUUGAGUCAUUUUAAUCACAUACAGCCAUAAAUUAAUUUAAAAAACAAAAGUUACGCGCGGUACAGUCCGCAUCAGCACAUAAGAAAACAUGACAGCUAGCUUGUGUCUUUAUUUUGUGUCAUGUUAGUCAGAUACAGCCUGAAACUCAGGAUUUCUCUAUAAUAAAUGCUGUCAACGUCGUUUACCCCCGUGCUUUGCUCUUGCAUGAACUGUACCGUGCUGAAGCACACCUCUCCAAAGUGUGCCAUGGCAAAGGACGGAGCGGUCACACUGCUCAUAAAAAACUGGACUUUAGGGGUGAAGCGUGCUUAGGCACGGUACGGAUUGCCAGUGUGACCGUGCCCUAAUAUGCCAAACAGGUAUUUUUCAGUGCCUCUUGCCUGACAAUCUGCAUUUCCUAAAAACAAUGUGUUUAACUGCAGGAGCAGGUCCAUGUUAAGAAUACACUUCAAUGUUUCAUGAAACUCUUAACCAGAAAGGUUGUGUCACUGGGCACUCCCAGUGGGGAUUGACAUGUGGGAAAGGAGCCACAGGUUGGAUUCGAACCUGGGACGCCUGCGUUGAGGACUAUAGCCUCCAUAUAAGCACACUAACCACUGCGCCACCAGCGCCCCAAACUGUCCUCUUUCUGUUAAAGAAAUGAGUGUUGUUAUUUCUUUUGUGGUCCAUGGUUUAAAUCCGUAAUCCAUUUUGUUAGGUUUAAAACCGGGAUCAUAGGCACACCAUUGAAUUAUUUGUAUUUUAUCAUCAAGUUUAUAUUCCCCUCUUAUUGUCCUCUAGGUUUUUUAACAGAGCUUUGAUUAAAGGAUUUUGUAUUCUCACAGAUUUUUGUGAGCCAA